GAGAAGGCCGGGAAGAUGGCGGCCACCUGGAGGCUGGGCUGUGACCCCCGGGUUCUGCGCUGCGUCUUGGGCUUUAGCGGCCGCCGAGGCACGGGAGUGCUUACGGGGGCUGCCGGGUGGUCUGUCGGCCGCGGAGCUGGUUGGAGAUGGCUUCACAGCACGCAGUGGCUGCAGGCUGAUCCUAUUAAGAUACUAAUGCCGUCACUGUCUCCUACAAUGGAGGAAGGGAACAUUGUGAAAUGGCUGAAAAAGGAAGGUGAGGCCGUGAGUGCUGGAGAUGCCUUAUGUGAAAUAGAGACUGACAAAGCUGUGGUUACCUUAGAUGCAAGUGAUGAUGGCAUCUUGGCCAAAAUAGUGAUUGAAGAAGGAUCUAAAAAUAUACGGCUAGGUUCACUAAUUGGUUUGCUAGUUGAAGAAGGACAAGAUUGGAAACAUGUUGAAAUUCCCAAAGAUAUAGGUCCUCCAUCACCAGCUUCAAAACCAUCGGUGCCUCAACCCUCACCAGAACCGCAGAUUCCUACUCCUGUCAAAGUGGGAUACACACCAGGGAAACCACAGCUCCGUUUAAGUCCAGCUGCCCGCAAUAUUCUGGAAAAACAUACACUGGAUGCUAGCCAGGGCACAGCCACUGGCCCCCGGGGGAUAUUCACUAAAGAGGAUGCUCUCAAACUGGUCCAGUUGAAACAGAUGGGCAAGAUCACCGAGUCCAGACCCGCCCCAACCCCUCCAACCCCUCCCACGGCUCCUCUGCCCACACAGGCCAUGGCCAGGCCAUCUCAUCCCCGGCCCAUGAUCCCACCGGUGUCAACUCCAGGACAACCUAAUGUAGUGGGCACAUUCACUGAAAUCCCUGCUAGCAAUAUUCGAAGAGUGAUUGCCAAGAGGUUAACUGAAUCUAAAAGUACCAUACCUCAUGCAUAUAUGACUGUCGACUGUGACCUUGGAGCUGUUUUAAAAGUUAGACAAAAUCUGGUCAGAGAUGACAUUAAAGUAUCAGUAAACGAUUUUAUCAUCAAGGCAGCAGCUGUUACCCUUAAACAAAUGCCAGAUGUUAAUGUAAGCUGGGAUGGAGAGGGCCCGAAGCAACUGCCCUUUAUUGACAUUUCAGUGGCUGUGGCAACAGAUAGAGGCUUAAUGACACCAGUCAUAAAAGAUGCUGCUGCUAAGGGUGUACGGGAAAUCGCUGACUCAGUAAAGGCUCUAUCAAAGAAAGCAAGAGAUGGAAAGUUGUUACCUGAAGAAUACCAAGGAGGAUCUUUUAGUAUUUCCAACUUGGGGAUGUUUGGCAUCGAUGAAUUUACUUCAGUGAUCAACCCUCCUCAAGCCUGCAUCUUGUCUGUUGGGAGAUUCCAGCCUGUGCUGAGGCUCACUCGAGAUGAAGAGGGGAACGCCAGCCUGCAGCAGCACCAGCUCAUAAAGGUCACCAUGUCCAGUGACAGCCGGGCAGUAGAUGAUGAACUGGCUACCAGGUUUCUCGAAAGCUUUAAAGCAAACCUAGAGAAUCCUGUCCGACUUAUCUAGUCCUCAAAGAUAAGAAGUUGGUCUUUGGCUUAGUUAAUCUUAUAGUUGUUACUCAGAGACAUACGCUAUUAGGAGAACAGUUAGAAAUUUAAGUGUGCAGUGGAUGAAGUGUUUGUUUAUUUAAGGUGAGAGAGUUUGACCUGAGUUGUCUUCAUUUUCAAUUUGGGUUUAAUGUUGUAGAAAUAAAGGAUUACACACUGUAACUAACAAAAGAGAGAGUAUUUGGUCAGUCAGAUCCAUUUUUAACCUCUGGUGCUGUACAAAAGGGUGUUAAACUAGAUGUAUAUUAAAUUAUAUGUUUGGCUCAUUUGAGCAUUUUAGAAUAUUUGAGAAUGUAUCAUAAAUUAUAAAAAUCAAAAAGUUGUUAGAACUCUACCUUAAUUAUGUUGAAAUUAGAAGUGAUCUUCAAAGAGGAUCCCAUUAAUUUCGCAGUGGGGCCUCAGUUUUACAAGCACUGCUCUAGAUAUACUUGACCAAUUUAAUAUGUACAGAAGUUUAUUCUGGAUGAUAGUAAAUAAGUAAGGAUCACAUUGUAUUAGGGGUUGUGGCAACAUUAUUGACGUUUUUAUGUAUAUAAAGCCAUAUGUUUUAGAGUGGUUUCUAUCAGUCUUAUUUUUCACUUCUGUGACACUGUGAACUAAAGAGGAAUAUAAAAAUCAAAAAUGAAGAGAGAGAAAGACCAAAAAAUUUGUUUUAAUAAUAAACUAUAAUUAAAAUAUCUAAACCUUCAGAAAUAAACUGCUCACCUUCACACUAAGUUGGAAUAUAUUAAAAUAAAUUAUGCUAUUUCCUACCAAACAUUUUAAGUUAGUGUUGAUUUAAACACAAAAUGUUGUUUCUUAGUGCAUUUUAAUCAAGUUUGUAUUGUACAAUAAAAUGUGAAAAAAUAUAAAAAUUUCAAUUGUAUUUUAAAUGAUAGGACACAGAAGUUUAGUAAAACUUUGAGGUAGAUUAGUGAUUUUCCUGGAACAGCUAAAGAGGAACUCUACAGAAGGAAAGAAGGAAUUUAAAAUUAAUAUGACAUUAGGAAAGUAACGGGUAUGGAAUGUAAAACUUUGGAAAGAGUGGAAGAGAAGGCUUGUGAAGCAGGUGAGAACUGUCCUUUUUAUUGCAUUGAUAACGUGGGAUUUUCACUAAUUAUUUUAAAGGCUAGAAGAGCUUAGUUCUCUUUUAACAGUUCUGCUACGACUGGCAGGAUAAGUGUGCCGGAAUUGGAUGGUAAUUUAGUUAACCAGUCACAGAGAGGCUCGUGUUAGUGUCUGUUGACGUGAACCACCAGAAGAAAGACUGUGCUACAAGUUCAUGGGGCGACAUGGUGAAAUACGUGCACUUCAGCAGAAGAGCUUUCUAGAAUAACUGGAGCCCAGUGUAUGAGUUGUUAAGAAGACGCUUAAUCCAAUGACUCAGUUUUAACAAGCCCUUCUUAAAUAGUCUGUAAAACUUUUGCCAUAUUAACGGUUACACUGAAAAUUGUAACCAAGUGCUACUUGUAAAAUAACUUUUAUGUUACAUUAUUCUCAUUCACUUAUAACUGAAAUUAUCUGGGUUUUUUUUUUUUAAUUUUUAUGUCUGAGGAGUAGAAUGUGAGACAGCCAUAAAUAAGCCGUGGCUUGGAGCUCUGUUUUCCGUGGACUGGCGUGCGUGAACCAUAGUGUGUGUCUGCCUGUGGUGGAGUGGCAUUGGUGCCCACCCUAGCCCACCUUACAGAUGUUGUGAGCCACACAGAGAAACGCUGCGUAAAUGUAUGGCGUUUGCCUUCUUUGUGGACAUCACAACCAGGCUUUUCACGUAUCAGUUGCUUCUCAUGGUUUGACUUUUUGUGGUUUGACUUCUCAGCUGUUGGCACAAAUAGUCAUUCAUUCUGACUAAAAAUAUUUUCUCUAAUAUUUCUCUAGUGAUUAGGUUUAUGUAAGGAAAUUGUCAUUUGUAAAAAGAAUUCUAUCGCAGCAUGAGGUCAAAGAAGAACUCUGAUUCGAGAAAGGAGUAUGGGACACUUGGUUUGGGUCAUUACAGAGAAUGAACUGUGUGCUGCAUGGGCAGGCUCCUCUCCACACUUCAGAUAUAUUUAUUUCUUUGUAGUGCUGAGAGGAUAUAAAAAUGAAAUUUUAUACCUGGUCAUCUUUUUCUCAUUUAAACAGGGUAAAUGACUAAAACAUUGGGAAGACUUCUAAGGAAAAGGCCACACACAUUCCAGUUAACGCUUGGGCAUGAAAAUAUCGAUGAAUGUUAGAAUUUAUAAGUCCAAUGGCCCUGCCUCUCCCUGCUUACAACUUCUAGUUAACAUUUACAGUUUGCUCACUAACUAUCUUGUGCCAGAUUAAAAUCAUCAGUAUACUGCUGGCCAGACUCCUUUGUUUGAAACAUUACUAAGAAAUUUAUGUAUACUGGUACAAGUAUUUUAUAUAUAGCGUCAAAUGGAACUUCUGUUUUUAGAUUUUUUUUUUCAUUUUGGACAUAAUUUCACGCUAAAUUAUAUAGGCCAGUCACUUGGGCAUUAUGCUAGAAGUAAACCUAGUGUUCUAACCUUUUACUGAAAGAUAGGUGGUGCUGUGAGUUAAUAUAUUGUAGUUAGAGUGUGGGAGAAAAAUAAAAAUGGCAUUUAAAUCUUAGUUUUCAAGGAAAACGUCCUCAUUACACAUUGCAUUAUGAUAGACUUUGUCUCAGGUGAAAAGAAGAAAUAAAAGAACCAAGUGUGUUGCAGGUAAGAAUUAACCUUUAAUUUGAAUAUGAUAUUAUUAAUAGAAAACUUUUGUUGAUUUUUGAAGAAGGAAGUAACAAUGCAGCAUUACUUUAAGAUCGGCCUGGCCACAAUAUUGCAAGGUAGGUUGAAACAGAGAGGAUGACAGUCAGCAGGAACCAGCUAGAAGCUUUUGCUGCAGAGAAAGCGUAAGUUAACUAGAUUCUGUAGUAGGUCAAGCGGCUUUAAAGAAGGGAGAAAAUGAAGAAUACUGGACAUGUUAGUUUGCUGGGUGUAUUAUGAAUAUACGGGGUGGGUGUGUGCUGUGAGAUAAUGCCGCAACAAUGAUACAGUUUCCCAGUCCAAACUCAAUUCCCCAUGGCCCACAUAACCAGUAUCCAACAGGUUAAGAUUCUGAUAAGUUAUGUUCAGCAAGCGGUAUAUUUCAGAAGACAUUUGAACUUUUUAUGAAUGGUGAAAGCAAUCGUUUUCCAAUAAAAUUAUUUUAAAUAGUUUUGUGGAUUUGUGAAAUUUAUUUUCUAGUGUCUCCAUUGGUUUUGAAAGAUGGGGACAGGCAGGGUUGGAGGGAAGAUGUGGUUCGUCUAGACUUGUAUUAUUGAAGACCCCAUUUAAUUGAAAUUAUAAGGUAUAAAGAUGUAUUUUGAAAAGUACAUCUGUUAGUGGCAA